AUGUCCAUCGAGAACCUCAAGACCUUCGACCCGUUCGCGGAAGCGGAUGAAGAUACCGGCCAGGUCAAGCAGACUCAGCAGGACUACAUUCAUAUUCGUAUCCAACAGCGCAAUGGCCGCAAGACCUUGACGACUGUCCAAGGUCUCCCCAAGAAAUUUGACCAGAAGAAGAUCCUCAAGGUGAUCAAAAAGAAGUUUGCCUGCAAUGGCACCAUUGUGAGCGACGCCGAGAUGGGCGAAGUCGUCCAACUCCAGGGCGAUCAGCGCAAAGACGUCCAGGACUUCUUGACCGACAAGAAGGAGGGACUUGGUCUUGAUGCGAAGACGAUCAAGGUCCACGGUUUCUAG